CAGUCGAUCAAGCGGUCAACAGCGUCAUCAACCAAGAGAAGAACAACAACAAGCACUAACACACGAAAGCUUAAGCCAAACCACUAUCAUCGAACCCACAGAGAUGCUAGUUCGUAUCAGAUCCCCCAACGGAACUCAUCGUUAUGAGGUCUCUCCUACAGAUGACCUGGAAAAACUCAUUGGGAAGAUUAUGAUCGACUGUCCUGAAGCCGAUCCUAGUACUCUGGCCUUGUCCAAUCAGCCCCGAGGUGGCGAAAAGCUAGUUAAUAAUAUUUCGGGAUCAUGUUCUCAGCUAGGCAUCAAACACGGUGAUCUACUUUUCGCCUCUUACAAGUCUACAGGAGAAACAGGGCUCGCAGCUCAAGUUCCAGCUAGUAACGGUGCUGCAGAUGGAGAUCAACUUCCGGCAUCAUCAAGUCAUGACCAGCACAAAUCUAACAACCAAGCGUGGAAGAAUGUCAAAGAACUCGAGAUUGAUCAGCUUUUAGAAAAGGAAGAUGGCAAGAUCCCUCGGAGUCGUGAUGGAAAGUUUUGCAGACACGGAGACAAGAGCAUGUGUGACUAUUGUAUGCCAUUAGAGCCCUAUGAUCCAUCAUUUCACACCGAGCGGGGAAUCAAACAUCUGUCCUUUCACUCCUUCCUUCGAAAACUGAACGCCGCAACUAACAAGCCAGAGACCGGUGCAAGCUACAUCCCUCCGCUCGAGGAGCUCGAUUACAAAGUCGUCAUUCCAUGUCCAUCUGCUAGCCAUGCCCCAUUUCCUGCCGGGAUUUGUAGUAAAUGCCAACCGAGUGCCAUUACGUUGCAACUGCAGCCAUACCGGAUGGUAGAUCAUGUCGAGUUCGCCACUCCAGCUUUGAUCGAAAAUAUGCUGGUGUUUUGGAGAAAAACGGGAUGUCAAAGAUUCGGUUACAUGCUGGGAAGAUACGAGCGAUACGACCAAGUUCCACUUGGGAUAAAGGCCGUGGUCGAAGCCAUUCACGAACCACCUCAACAAGGAGAACUGGAUGGAAUUCAGAUCGGUUUACCAUGGGAUGAUGAACGGAGAGUGGAAGAAUUGGCUUCAUUGUCUGGUUUACAUGUCGUCGGAAUGAUCUAUACAGACUUAACGCCGGAUCAUACCUCGGAGGAAGCCAAAUCAGCUGGAAAAGUUAUGUACAAGAGACACGCUCAGUCAUUCUUCCUCUCUUCAUUAGAAACGAUCUUUGGAGCACAUCAGCAAGCCAAUCGACCAAACUCUUCUCGGUUUUCGGCUUCUGGAAAAUUCUCGAGCAAAUUUGUCACCUGUACCAUUACCGGUAAUCAGGAAGGUGGGAUCGAUGUCAGCGCAUACCAAGCUAGCGACCAGGCUGUCGCCAUGGUCAAAGCUGACAUGAUUGAAGCAAGUGUGGAUCCUGGGACUGUGAGGUUGAAAGAUGAUGAUCAGCAGGAAGGUCAAUUAUCAACUCGAGCAAGAUACAUACCCGAUGUCUUCUACAGGUACAAGAACAAGUAUGGUAUUGACAUCAAAGAGAAUGCCAAACCAUGCUUCCCGGUUGAUUAUUUGCUAGUUUCUUUAACUCACGGAUUCCCAGAUGCACCAUCUCCACUAUUUUGUACACCAACUCCAUUUGCGAUCGAGAAUCGAGCAGGACUACAUGACCAAUCCAUGGAAAUGGUCACAAACAAAAUCCGACCUGUCCUUCAAAACUUCACCAAUUCACUUUCGAGUUCACAACCUUUCAAUAGUGAGAAAGGAAAGGGUCGAGAACAAGAUAAUGACGACGACGACCAUCUAUCUAAACUACAGAUAUACUUCUGUGAUUGGCAUUUGCUCUCGUUUAUUGAUUCAAUUGGAAUCUUUGAUCGGUCGGACAUCGUUCAUUUGAUUAACUUCGCACUUUGUCGUGAUUCUGAAAGGCUUCAUUCGACGGCUCAAGCAUUAUUUCAAACCAACUCAUGGCAAACGUUGAUAGCAAUUGUGCAGGAAUCAGGAUCCAAUGCAGGACCCACAAAUGGUGUCAAUCAAUCGUCGGCCGGAGAGUCGAGGGGUUCAGACCCGCAUGAAGGAACUAUCUCGUCGAUUGAACAUCCUAAUGACUUUGAUCACGGCGGCCCAGACGUCUCCAUUGGAUCUGACCAACUCAAUUGCCCUCAUUGUACUUUUUCGAAUCCUGCUGGUACUGUUGAUUGUUCUGUUUGUGGCUUACCAUUAUCUUAACUCCCCCCCCCCUUUCAUCCCAAGUUUUUUCAUCACCUUCUUCCCACAUCAAAAACACACAUUCUUGAUCUUGUCCUUUCCUUCCCGUAUAAAUAAAAACAAAAAACGCCGUAAUUAUCACUUUAAUCACACAUUCCCACACGAAAAUCAAAAACCAAAAAAUCAAAUCAGCUUAACCAAAUAGCUCAUCAAUAAGUUCAUCCAAUGCUUCCCAAGAAAAGUUCAUAUUUUAUAGAUGAUUUGGAAUGCUUCUAUGAAAAGAAAAAAAAUCAACAGAUAUAUAGAAAUUGUUUGUAUGUGAUCUGUUCAUUUGUUCAUGAUUUGUCAAGCUUACAUGUUUAUGCUACUUGCAAUGGAGUUGUAAUGCUACAGUGCAUGGACGAGGAUGUGACAAUAAUAAGUAGAUAUAAGGAUAGU